CACAAAUUCACAGUUUGUUUAUAUAGCCGUUGCCAGAUUUCCUGAAAUACCCUACUCACAAUUCGCAAAAAAAAAUCCUAGUCACAAUUCGCUAUUUUUCUCUGAAAAAUCUCUCGAACGCACAACUCCUUCAUUAACGCUCUUCUUUUCUCUCUCUCUCUCUCUCUCUCUCUCUAAUUUUUAGUUUUGUUCAUGUUUUGCUGGAUUUCUACUCUUUCUAUACAAUUUUGAUAUAUCACACACACACACACACACACACACAUAUAUAUAUUAUCUGUUCUGUUUAUAAAACUUUUUUUUGGAUGCAGGAAUUGGUACGAAAAUGUUGCAAUUUCCUCUCUCCGAUCAAAAACUUCAAGGACGCGUGAAAACAUGAGGAAAUUGGGCCCGUGACAAGUGUCAGAUGGGCACCAGAUGGAGUGCAUCUUGCUGUAGGUUUAAAUAAUUCCCACAUCCAGCUGUGGGACCCUUCAUCUGGUCAGAUGGUGAGGAAUUUGCGUGACGAGCAUAGUUCAAGGGUUGGUUCACUCGAUUGGAACAAUCACAUCCUUACCACCGGGGGAAUGGACAGUUUGAUCAUAAACAAUGAUGUAAGAAUAAGAUCCAGCAAUGUUGGAACAUAUAGGGAACGCUGUCAGGAGGUUUGUGAACUUUGUGGACUGAAAUGGUCUGCAUCGGGCCAGCAACUAGCAAGUGGGGGGAAGGACAGUCUCCUCUACAUAUGGCUUUUCUCUAUGACCUCUACAAAUUCUGCCAAUCAGUGGAUUCGCUGCCUAGAAGACCACAGGGCCGCUGUGAAAGCUCUUUCCUGGUGUCCUUUCCAGAGUAAUCUGCUUGCCUCCGGUGGUGGUGUAGGAGACCAGUGCAUAAAGUUUUGGAACACCAACACUGGAUCACGCCUGAACUCAGUAAAUACAGGUUCACAGGUCUGUUGCUUGCUUUGGUACAAACAUGAACGUGAGCUUAUGAGCUCUCAUGGCUUCAAUGAUAACCAACUUACCCUAUGGAAGUAUCCUUCUAUGGUCAAGAUUAUAGAUCUUUAUGGUCAUACAUCAAGAGUUCUUCGUAUGGCUCAGAGUCCAGACGGGUGUACGGUUGCAUCUGCAGCAGCGAAUGAGACACUAUUGUGGAACGUGCUUGGAACUCCUAAAUUGGCCGUGAAUGCUCCCAAAACGAAGCCAGAACCAUUUGUUAAUCUCACCCGCGUCAGGUGAAGAGUUUGUAUCUGGAAUGGGUGAUUAAAAGUAUUUUUCUUGGUACAUGCUCCAUUGGAUUUGUGAUGAAAUUGGCUAAAAAUUAUUCAAGGGGAAAUAAAACUAAUAAAGAAAUUUGCUAAAAAUUAGCAUAUUUAAGGUAUGAUGAAUGCUUAUUAUGUUCUUAAUUUACACAAAAUCUGCUGAGUUUUUAAUAAAAAAAUAUGGAUCAUACUUUAUUCUUUGCUUUUGAUUUGAAGUUAAGGUUCCCAUUUAAGAGCAACUACCAACCAGUGUAUUAGCCCAUAUCUACAAGCCUUCAUUUUUGAGGAGUCGUUGUCGUCAUCAUCGUUGCCUUUAUUCUACAAUCGGGAUCGGCCACAUGGAUUCCUUUUCCACUCUUUUCUAUCAUAAGCCUUUGGAAAGGACUCUUGAUGCUCCUAAGCUCUUAGAUGACUUUAAUUUGAAUUUACUGGAUUGGAGUAGCAGUAACAUUGUCGCUACUCGCUGUUGGGAAUUCAGUAUAUUUGUGGAAUGCUGUCAAUGGGUCUACUUCUAAACUUUAAAAAAAAGUUCAAAAGUAGACCCAUUAGCAGCAUUCCACAAAUAUAACUUCUUGUGACAGAUGAAGAAAUUGGACCUGUGACAAGUGUCAGAUGGGCACCGGAUGGAGUACAUCUUGCUGUUGGUUUAAAUAAUUCCCACAUCCAGCUGCGGGACUCUUCAUCUCGUUGAAUGCUGAGGACUUUGUGAGACGGGCAUAGUUCACUUGAUUGGAAGAAUCACAUCCUGACAACCGGGGGAAUGAACGGUUUGAUCAUAAACAACUAUGUAAGAAUACGAUCCCACAAUGUUGGAACAUAUAGGGGACACUGUGAAACCUCUUGACAGUGUCCCCUAUAUGUUCCAACAUUGUGGCUGUCGUCAACUAGUAUAUUAGCCCCAUAUCUCCAAGCCUUCAUUUUUGAGUCAUCGUCAUUGUCAUCAUCCAUGUCUUUAUCCUACAAUCGGAAGCGACCACAUGGAUUCCUUUUCCACUAUUUUCUGCUUGCCUCUGGUGGUGGUGUAGGAGACCAGUGCAUAAAGUUUUGGAACACCAACACUGGAUCACGCCUGAACUCAGUAAAUACAGGUUCACAGGUCUGUUGCUUGCUUUGGAACAAACAUGAACGUGAGCUAAUGAGCUCUCAUGGCUUCAAUGAUAACCAACUUACUCUAUGGAAGUAUCCUUCUAUGGUCAAGAUUAUAGAUCUUUAUGGUCAUACAUCAAGAGUUCUUCAUAUGGCUCAGAGUCCAGAUGGGGGUACAAUUGCAUCUGCAGCAGCGAAUGAGACACUAUUGUGGAACGUGCUUGGAACUCCUAAAUUGGCUGUGAAUGCUCCCAAAACGAAGCCAGAACCAUUUGUUAAUCUCGCACGCGUCAGGUGAAGAGUCUGUACCUGGAAUGGGUGAUUAAAAGCAUUUUUCUUGGUACAUGCUCCGUUGGAUUUGUGACGAAAUUGGCUAAAAAUUAUUCAAGGGGAAAAAAAACGAAUAAAGAAGUUUGCAUAUUUAAGGUUCCCAUUUAAGAGCAACUGCCAACCAAUAUAUUAGCCCCAUAUCUACAAGCCUUCAUUUUUAAGUCAUCGUCAUCGUCAUCGUCAUCAUCCAUGCCUUUAUCCUACAAUCGGGAUCGACCACAUGGAUUCCUUUUCCACUCUUUUCUAUCAUAAGGUACAUCUCCUACUAAACUUAAUUUUUAAAAAUCAUUUCUUAUCACUUCAUUCCAUGUUAGUUUUGGUUGCCCCUUGUUUUUCUGAUUUGUUCUUUUAUUGGCAAAAAUGGUUUGAUCCCAUAUAUCAAACUUGAAGUAAAAAUUACCUUUGAAAGAGUCCAUUUUCUGUUAUAGAGGAUAAUUAUUUUCAGCCAAAGAGGCAUUCUGGUCUUUUUAAGUCUUUCUAACAGUAUAUUGGCCCCAUCAAUUAUUUUUGUUAGGUUUUAAUAUUUUUUUGUUUGUAAAUAUUUGAUGACAACCAAAUGGUCAUGAAGUAUAUAUAUUUUACAUCCAAUAAAACGGAGCCUAAAUGAAAAUUUAUUUUGUUUGAUAUCUAGAAGAGGACAAGUGAUGGCCAUGAAGUCUUCCAUAGGGAUUAUGAAAAUGCAUGUGAUUUUAUUAAGUAUGGCUGCUAGGCCAAUGAGUUCCUAAGAAUAAGCAUUCAAUUUUUUUUAUUAAACGACUCUUACUUAUGUUGAUACUGAAAUUAUAUUUUUGUUCUCCAUCCUUUGUUUCGACAUAAAUUUUUUUUUUAGAGAAUAUUUUCCUUUUUCAUAUACUUUUUCAGUGUUUGGUAAAAGUUUACGUCGAGAUUAAGGUUGAGUUCAUUGGGCUGAGUAUGUAAAAUAAUUUGUUGAAAAUUGAUUGAUAAACUAUUUUUGUUAAAUUUUAAUAUUUUUUUUCUUCGUAAAUAUUUUACGACAACCAAACACUAGAAAAUAAAAAAUAUAUAUUUUUUGAAAAAUAUUUUACAUCCAAACAAGAGGAGCUCAAUGUUAAAGAAUUUAUUGAGAUAUAUACUUGUGUAUUGUAUAUAUCAGAUUGAUUGGUAACUAUCUAAUUCCCUUUUCAUGAACAGCACCACUCAUGUUGAAGCUCAUAAAGCAUCUUCAUUACAUAGAAAGUUCCAGAAUCACUCGAUAGGAUAUUGAUUUAGAUUAGUUUAAGACUUUGAAUAUUAUAUUGGCUUUCAUUGUAAUUAAUAAAAAAAAUAUUUAUCAUUUGGAACAAGUUGCAUUGAUGUGAAUCAUUAAAAGAAUUUUUGCUUAUCAUAUAUUCGUUUUUUGUUA